AUGGGCAACAUUCUGUUCAUAAAUUCAACAAAAUCCCAAUUCAACGACAUGCUUAUAUUUUCUCAAGGCCUUUCAAUCCAAUACACCAUAACCUUGGAUCUCCUAACCACUCUUACUCUAUGCCUCACAAUAGCUUUGUGCGUCGUUCUUCUCUACCAAAUUCUCUUCAACUUCCUUUCAUGGCUUCUCGACGUGAGGCCAGACCGAUCAACAGAAGACGUAAUGUACACCCCAAGGUUAAACCACACCAACAUGUCUCACCAGGCAGCGUUUUAUAGAACUUUUGUCCAGUACAAUGUCGUACAGGUAGUUGACAUGUUGGAGAGGUUUGUUCGAGACAUUGAUGAAAGACGAGGACCAAGGUUGAGGGCCUUGAACAGGUUGCCUCCAUUGAUAAGUUAUGGCAGCCAUGAAAGAAUGUGUGGUAGGUCUAGUCGAGGGGACGAUGAUGAGUGCGUAAUCUGUUUGGAGGAUUUUGAAGAAGGCGAGUCGUGUCAAGUUUUUCCUGUUUGUAACCAUAUUUUCCAUACAAAUUGUAUCGAUCAUUGGUUGAAGAACAGGCCAACUUGUCCUGUUUGUCGCCAUUGCAUCUUGGAUGUUUGACUUUGCAGAAUAUUAUUUGUGUAUAUAAAUACACGUGUAUACGUGUAUAGUAAGGAAAUUAUUCU